CCCCGCCGCUCCUCUCUCCCCGCCCCGCGGCGCCGGGCCUCUUUGUGCCGCUUCAGCCGCUCUCGCCGGGAUCCGCUCCCUGCUGCCGCUGCUGCUCCCGCGGCCCCGAGCCAGGCUCCCCGCGCCGGACGGUCCCCCCGCAGCUGCUGGCCGGGAGGGCGCAGGGCAGCCUGACUGCGGACUGACCAGCCCUGACCUUCUCCCCCUCGCCAGGGGAUCGGGCUUUCAUGUGCACCUGAGAAAAUAAGGAUACAGAAAGAAGAGGCGAAAUGAACCAUUUCCAGCAGUGGGUCAUAUUCCUGCUCUCCUUGUUUCUGGAGUGUACAGAGGCCAAAAAGCAUUGCUGGUACUUUGAAGGGUUGUAUCCUACAUAUUAUAUAUGUCGCUCCUAUGAAGAUUGCUGUGGGUCAAGAUGCUGCGUAAGAGCCCUCUCUAUCCAGCGACUCUGGUAUUUUUGGUUCCUUCUGAUGAUGGGCGUUCUGUUCUGCUGCGGAGCUGGUUUCUUCAUCAGAAGGCGGAUGUACCCUCCACCGCUCGUAGAAGAACCGACUUUUAAUGUAUCCUACACCAGACAACCAGCCAACACUGCAGCAGGAUCACAGCAACCAGGGAUGCCAUACUACACGGAUCCAGGAGGACCUGUGAUGAACCCCAUGGCUAUGGCUUUCCAUGUCCAGCCCAACUCCCCGCAAGGGAAUCCAGUGUACCCACCUCCGCCCUCUUACUGCAAUGCACCACCACCCCCAUAUGAGCAGGUGGUGAAAUCCUCCACGUAACAACUCUGCAGCUCUUUUACCUGACUCUGUGAGAAGCAGGUGCCAUUGCAAAGUGACUGGGGUAGAGGGUCUCUGCCCUUCUGAACACUUGCUAGUUCUCUAACUCUCCCUACACACACUCCCCAUUAACAUUACUUGCAAGGGAUGAUUUUUUUUGUAGUAGGGGGUGAAUUUUCAUUUUGAUGUAUUCAAAACUAAAGCAAGGUCUUUUAAAUGCUUUUAAUGGAAACCUAUAUUUAAAUCCAGUACGUUUUCCCUUUAUUUAUUGUUUCAAAGGUGCAUAUUAACGCAUUGUGGCAAAAUACGGUAGCAGCUUUAUGCAACCACAAAGUGAUGCACGCUCUCCUAAAACCCGGUAGACGAAUGUGGUUUUCUACUAGAGUAGAAAGGAGAGAAGGAGUGAGUUGGAGGAAAGAGUCAGGGCAAGAUAUUUAUGAGAAGUGUGACCACCAACAUCAUGGCCUGUGGUUUUCUAGGAAAGCUCUGUUCUGAGACAAAGAAGGGGGACAGGAUGUUAUGGAAGCCAUCGAGUGAGUGAGGAAGUCGAGUCAUGGCAGUGGGUUCUGUUUGGAACAAGUCCCACUUGAGAACUUCACUUCUGUAAUAGGUUUGGGUCCAAGAAAUCGUGAAUGGGCAGGUCUGCAAUGUCUCCACAUGCACCUGGACUCUGAACUUGCCACCUUAAGCCUGGCUCCUCUUCCCCUUCUGACACUUUCUGGAGGGCUUUUGUUGUUGUUGUUGCCAAGGAUAAGAUUGUAAAAUAUAGUUGAUGAUCUAAAUGUUAGACUGACCUGUGUGUGGCGGGGAAAAUGUUAUCAGCUAACAACUACACAUCUACACUUGUAGAGAAACUACUUAGAAAUAUUUCAAUACACAGAAGAGUUUUCUGCCCUAAAGUUAAAAUGGAAAAAAUGGGAACUUAGGCCCAGAACCUCAAGAUAUUUGGGCACUGAACUUCCAUCUGGGCCUUGGGUCCCAAUCUUGCUCCCUUUGAAGUCACUGGGAGUUUUGUCAUUGACUUCACUGGGUGAUGACUGGGUCCUUGUUGCAUUCAGCACGUUAGCUCACUGGGUUUGGUUACUGUCUUAUAGCCACAGAGAGCGUACAAAAGGGUGUUGUCUUCUCCAAGCAAGAGAUUUGAAAAUCUUCUCUUAAUGAUGCUUUAAGCGCAAUAACUUACUAGGAUAUAUGUUUAAGGGUUGCUUCUGAGCCUAAUGCAUGGACACUUUAGCCAUGCAAUACCACUUGCAGACAAGUCCCUGUGCAUCAUGCUGAAAAUGUCCCCCAUUUGUUUUUGGCUCAUACUCCUGGGACAUUCUUUGAGUGCCAGUGUCCACUACCCAACAUCUUCAAACAAACAAAACCUUUUCUCCUGAGGUAUUUAUGAAUGGUUGUUUUUGCAGACAUUUUCCCACUUAUUUUGAUUGUUUCCAAUUAAAGUGGUGUUUUUUAUUGCUGUUUGAACUGAAGAACCACCUCAACUAUGAGCUUCUGGCAGAAGACCUAUAGAAAUGUUUAAUAACUUCCAAUUAGUUACACCGGUGCCAUCCCACUGGAUGCCUGAGGGUGCCCAUGUGUAACUGAGCACAUACUCCCAAGAAUCUGCAUUGCGCCGAUGUAGUUGAGGGCCUUAUUUAGCCUGCAGAGCCUUUAUCACUGGUGAUGAUUUGUGAGAAUUUGGUUUUCAGAGCCCAGGUUGAGUUUGCAGGGCUAACAAUCAGAGACCAACAUCUUUUUGCUUGUAAACUAAACAACUUCAGUACAGAAAAUACUGAGCGCCAAUAAACCCGGGAACGCCCCGUCCUCUUUUUAGUCCCUUUUCCGAGUGGAACUACCCUUCAAAGGAUCAAAUCCAGCAGUCAUAACUCAGGUGGAAUUCCUAUUGAGAAUAGCCACUUGUGUGACGUCUAGGAGAAAAUACUUUCUGGGCCCACUCCAGUACAACCCUGACCCACUCUGGGAGGAAUUGGCCUGCUAUAAAUACACUGAAAGUGCAUUCAUUUGAAUUGUGUUACAUUUACCAGAGCCCAGUCUGGGACUUGAGCUAGAAUCCUUAAAGUCACAGAAACACAUUUCAUAGACUCCAGUGGAUCAUUUCCAAGUGUAUCAAGAUUUGGCCCAAAGGAAAGGAUUAAACGUGUUUAGCAAAUAAAAUAUAAGCAGAGGAUUCUUGCCAGGAGCAGUGGUAGCAUUUGUGUUAACCUUUGCACUCGAUUUCAUCUCGGGAUAUAACUAUGUCUUGCUUUCAAGAAGAAAUAAAUGAAGGGAUAAAGAUGACAUCAGGUUAAAAAUACUAACCUGUAAGGCUGGGUUGUUUUUGCAUUUUCUAAAUACAGUCUUUAAAAGGGCUUGUCUACACGAACAUUUAGUUUGUGGCAAGCUGAAGCGUGAAUCUAUCUCGUGUUAGCCUGUCCACAUGGACCCUGCUGAUGUGCAGUAACAGUUCCUUUGUACACUUUGAUCUACCUGGCUUUGGAACAGGAGUAGGUCAAAGGGCAUUAAGGAGUUGUUAGUGUGCAUCAGUGUGGGGUAGAUUCCCACCCCCAGUUUGCUGUGAAUUAAAUGAUCAAAUAGACAAACCCAAAGAGUAUGUUUCUAAGCCUACUUACACUGGUGUAAACCAAGAGGAACUCCAGUAAAGUCAAUUCAGUUCCACUGGUAUGAGAUUAGAACCAGGCCCUGUGCUUCUACUUGCACUUAUAGUAAUGUCCUAGGAAGUUAAAUCAGAUCAUAUCCGACCAUAUUGUGUUUUAGAAGUGUGGAAUGUGACAUUCAUCUCCAUUUAUCUUUUUAGGGUAAAAAGAGACACUCGUACUUACUGAGAGUGUAAGAUUUCACAAUACAUGACAAACCUCAUUCCUUUCUGUAGUGCUGUGUUUAGUGCUAUAUUCUAACAUGAAGUUUGACCUGAUCUCUUGCUUAUCCCUACAGCCUACUUUGCAGAUUAAAAACCAGUCAAAGUCUAAUAUUUUCUGUUGUUCUCUUUCGCAAACUUAAAAGGGAGUUGGCUUUAAAUAACAAACUAAACUUCGUUAAACCUUCUGUGUGAUAUUUUUGAGUGUCCUAGUAUGUCCUAGACACGAAAGGCAAAAUUCCUCCUAGCUCCACCCAACUGAUCUUGACUAAGAUAACCUACCUGAACCUAAAUUUACUGUAAUCUCUUUAUCAUUGCACGUCUCUUGCUAGCACCCGAGGUGCCAGAUCCUGCAAACACAUAUGUGCUUAACUUUAAGCAAGGAGGCUUCAGCGUGAGUACCCGGGGGCUGAAAAUUAAGAUUGCACAUAAAUGUUAGCAGGAUUGAGGCCUAACCACCGACUGCUGAGAUCUCCUAGUUGCCCAUACCGUUUUUCCACACAGAUUUACGUGCCUGCACAGAAUAUUGGAGGGGAAACAUGCAGUGGAGACCUGAGAGGAGACUCUUGCACUUAGCGAACUCUCCUAUUGCAGUGUUACACAUGGGCUUAAUAAAUCUAAAGCCAGAAGGGCUCAUUAGAUAAACUAGUCUGACCUGUACAACACAGGCCAGAGGCUUUCAUCCAAUUCCCCUGCAUUGAUACCAACAUUAAGAAACACUGAAGAAAAAAAUACUUUUCAAAAGUAUUGCAGCAAUAGUAUCGUUUUCUGAGGAUAUUACUGUUAAAAUAUUCUUCCUGGCCGGGGCCUGUGGUAAGGAUACAGCAGCUACUUGUGGGUUUCCGAUGCAGGCCCCAUGAACAUUUCAGAUAUAUGUAUUACAUGAUUGGCCCAAUUACCUGCAUAGCACAAUUGUACGUAUUUUCUAAACUAGUGUGCACACUAACUAACGCUGCCUACAAUCACAUAAUAUGGCUCUGUAUACACUAUUUUUUUUUAACUUAAUCAAGGGAUUUUUUUUCCUUUAACAGACUAGGCCUUAUGAUGUGAGCAAAUAGGUGUCGUUAAACCCUUUUAUAUUAUUAAAUGUGUCCAAGAGAACUGAUGUUUUCCUGAUAACAUUGGGUAGAACCCUUUUCCAGUGGACUCUUAUGCUGUAUAUUGAAAUUCAACUUCUGGUGAAGUUUUUCUGUGAUCCAAUUGUUUCCUUUAUUAAUGUUGGUGGAUUAUAACCACCUCUUACAAUGAAGUCAAACUCCUGGUCUAGUGAAGUCGUUUGGUACUUAAUUGAAAACACAGCAGCACUGUGGGUAAAUCUAGGAAUUAUUUGCAGAUUGCUUGCAUGCUUUUCCUCUGAUAUGCCUCUUCUUUUGGUUUCUAGGUUUUUGUUUUGUUUUCCUUUAUUUUAGUUUUUUUUAAAGAAAAGGGUGGGGGGGGGGAAGAAACCCUGUAACUUUUGAUAGGGUCAUGUUUCAUAUGUAUUCCAAAUAAAAUUGAUCUGGGUGUGUUUAUUGCUUCUUUUGCCCAAGGUGGUUUGGGAAUUGUGGCGGGGAGGGUGGGGGAGAAGUUAGUCCUUCUACUGCCUGCGGCUUCUGCUGUUAUCUUAGAAUGGGUCCACUAGAAAGUUCAAUUUAAGUUGCAUUCUAUUGCAGAAAAGGGCAAUAAAAGUGAUUAGGUAGCAAGAGGGAGGGAUGCACGUAAAGGAUUUAUUUAUUGCUAACAGAGAGCUGAACAUGUGCUCAGUUCUAUACAAAACAAGAACAUAGAGGCCCAGAUGUGCCAAGCUACUUAGGCAGGUUUGUGAUCCUAUCUCCAACCUCUUCCCUCUGCAUAAGACUCUGCAUAUUGGUUAAAUGAAAAUAAAGGGCUGUGAGCCUCCUUCUCCUUUGCCUUGAA